AUGUUACCGUUAGUGAACGCACACGUCGCAGUUACUUCAAGCGGCACCGUGUAUCUUUUGCCUGCACAUGCCUCUUCGCACGGAAUGGCAGCAUCUUACAUUUGUGCUAGGGAUUACUCGCCGAGCACGCUUAAGAUGAGACCAUCGCCGACGGCGGUCCCUUCUUCCGCCCUCAGCUGCCGUCGUGAUACAGGAAAAUUGCGCAAGAUUAGGGCGGUGAGGUGGCGUCAUCUUCUCAGUCAGCGCACCCCUUCGCGAAACUAG